UAACAAACUCAUUUUUGAAGAUAAAAAUCACACCCACAAAAACAAAAAACAAAAAACCCUAGCAAGAUCUCUUAAAUCAUAAUAUAUAACAACAUCAACAAUGUCUGGUGUGUGGGUGUUCAAUAAGAACGGAGUGAUGAGGCUGGUGGAGAAUCCUUACAACCAAUCCACCGGAGAUUCGUCGGAAUCUUCGUCUUCCGGCGGUAGCCAGCAGCAGAGAAUGAGGAGGAAGAUUCUCGUCCAUCUUCCGACCAGCGAGGUUGUCUCUUCGUACGGAUCACUAGAGAAGAUCUUGAAGAAUCUUGGGUGGGAGAGGUACUACGAUGGAGACAACACCGAUCACCUGCUCCAGUUCCACAAGAGAACGUCGAUCGAUCUCAUAUCUCUCCCUCGCGACUUCUCCAAGUUUAACUCUAUUCAUAUGUAUGAUAUCGUCGUCAAGAACCCUAACGUCUUCCAUGUCCGAGACAUGUAGUUGUCCAUCAUCAAAAAAGAACUGGUUCAAUUUGAUUUUCCAACAAUCCACGCUGAUAUAUCUACCAUGUAUAUAUUAUGCAGGUCCUUGCGUAAUUUGCUUUUUUUUUUUUUUUGGUUUAUUUUGAUUUCUAUGCAUUUAAUGUAUUUUGUCCUGUUGGUCGAUUUGGGGUGGGUUCAAACUAGAGCCAAUUUAAUAACUUGUACUAUCAUUUUGUUACUUGAAAGAACAUGUAUUAUAUUUUAAAGUGUGAUUUGUAUGAACAUGUAUCAUAUUGUCAAGUGCUCAUAACUCA